UUAAUACCAAAUAUUUAUUUCGAUGGUUUUAGAAUAAAUUGUCAAUAGAAAUUUGUUUGUAAAAUGAAUUUACUUUGUAAAAGGUUACGUUCUACUAUAAAUUUAUAUCGAGCAAUCCACAAAGUGAAAACUCUUAAAACUUGUACAAUACAUACUGUAAUAAACAAACAAUAUUAUGUUCAAAAUCCUGCAAAUUAUUAUGGUUAUAACACUAUAAGGUGUAAAUCAAAAAAGCAACAAAAAGAUCCAGAUUCUGAUGAUGAAGAUAAUAAAAAUGAUUUCCUAGAUGAUGAUGAUUACUCGCUAACCAAGGACUCCAAAGUUGUAAAGUUUAAUACAACCUCACUAAGAACAGACAUGAUUCUCAAAUCUGCCCUGGGUAUAGCAAGAAACAAAGUUGAGCAGCUGUUUUAUGAAAGUAAAAUAAGAGUAAAUGGUAAAAAGAUACUAAAGAAAAGUGCCACUGUGCGUCCAGAUUUUGAGAUUGAUGUAAUUAAAAGCAUCAGUCCAAAGAAUCCUGAUCACAUUGUUGUUGCUAGGAUCAUUAUACUUAACAUAGUGGCAAAGGAAGAGAGUGUGGCAAUCACAGUAAGGAGGUUCAAAAACCUCUUAAUAGAAAAUUAUGAAGAAGACCCUUAUAAAGGAUCAGCAGAAGAGUAACAAUUAUUAUCUAUUGCAUAGCUUUUAUCGCGAGAUUUGAGUGCGGCGACCGAAUCAAGAAAUUCCGUAACGAAAAACACCUAACAUUCGUCUAACAUUGUUUUAGUUUGGCAGACUUUGGCUCGGGGUGUGGUGCUCGCGGGGAGCAUAGUAUCUAUUUCACAUUGACCUAAUAAGUAAUUAAGAGCUUAUCUGUAAGUUUUCACCCCUCAGUUUAAAAUAACAAGUGACUUAUCUUACAUUACAUUAAGAGCUAUUUGUUACUUAUUAUUUGGCAAUUGUAAUGCGACAAAAUAUAAACUAUGUUAAGA